UAAAACCCCUACGGCUGGAAACGAAAGCCAGAAUUAUUGUUGUUGGAUGAGGGAAGCGAAGGCUACCGACACCCACCGCACUGGUCACCCCAAUACUGCCCCACUCAUGGAUCCUCUCUCUCUCUCUUCCCUGGUGUGGGGGUGGGGAACGUAGGGGUGCAUUAAAUCCCUCCAACCAUUCCGCGGGGCAGCCUGCCGUAGGCUAAGCGUUGGGGAAAGGGAGGGAAGGAAGGCUUCUCGGAUGGUCCGCUUGCGUCUGGUCGAGGCACGGGGCGAGAGCGGAGGGAUGGUGGGGUGGUUGGGUAGGUGGUAGCUCCCCUGCCCUUUUUCUCGCUUUCCCUUUCCCCUCCGUUAUUUUUCUCUCUUGCUUGCGGCAAUCAUUUGAUCGAUUGCUUGAGAGAGAGAAAGAGAGAGGACGGGAAUUCUGAAAGGGAGAAAUGCCGAGACCAGGGCCGAGACCGUACGAGUGUGUGCGGCGAGCCUGGCACAGCGAGAGGCACCAGCCCAUAAGAGGAUCUCUCAUCCAAGAAAUCUUCAGGGUGGCGAACGAAAUACACAGCCCCGCCACCCGCAGGAACAAGGAAUGGCAGGAGAAGCUCCCCUUCGUCGUUCUCAAGGCCGAGGAGAUUAUGUACUCCAAAGCCAACUCUGAGGCGGAGUACAUGGACCUGAAGACGCUGCGGGACCGAGCCAACGACGCCAUCGAUACCAUCAUUCGCAAGGAUGAAACUACGGAGAGUGGAGACCUCUUGCAGCCCUGUAUAGAAGCGGCACUUAAUCUGGGCUGCAUUCCUAGAAGAGCUUCGAGGAGCCAGCGCCACAGCAACCCCGGAUGCUAUUUGAGCUCUGCCACCAAAGACGUCACAGCUACCCCGCUUAAGCUCCCAGAUAACAGCAAGAACAACUGUGGCAGCAGCAGCAACAACAUGGCUCAGCUAGGAUCUUCUGGCCAUCUCUUGCCACCACCACCACCGCCUGCCGACCAGGUUUCUGCUUCUCAGUUUGCAUCCUGGCGUGCCUUCUUAAAGCCCAUCGAUGUGAAUCCUGCUGGCAUUUCUGAGGUCAAGUCCGUCAAUCCAGAUGCUUCUCGCAAGCAUGAGGAUUCCUUCACUAUUGCUAAUCCCGAGCUUCAUCACCCCUGGACGCAUUCUCCACUCUCUUGCCAAGAUAGAAUGCCAAACCCUAUGGAUACCUCUACCUGGCCGAGUUUGGUUCAUGUGUAUCCCUUGUUCUACGGCCACAACCAACCCAAAGCAGGUGCGCGGCUGUCUCAUCAGAGGCCUCAGGAAUCCCCUUGUAGCGUGGUUCGAGCCACGAUGCCUGGUGUUCUGCCCCUUGACGAGGCUGAGGCAGGCUAUAUGCAGAACAUUAAUCCUGGUAGUAGAAAUGCCAUAGAUUCUUUGAAGCAAGUUUCAAACUUCAUUGAAGCACCGGAGGAACCACCACGUACUUGUUGUGAUUUGUCGUUGCGUUUGGGGCUGCCUUCACCUCCAUCCCUGGGUGCAGAUCAUGCAUGGACCAAUGAGGCUGAGGAUGUGGGCUCAAGCAGUUCCUGUGACGGGAGCAAGUUCUGUGAUCCAUCUCCUAAAAGAACCAGAGCGUGGAGCUUAGAGAGUUCAUUUUCGCCUCCAAAAGAUCAUGGCUUUGAUUUCCCCCCGGUAGAAUGUGUGGAUGAGCCAGCAGAGUCAUGCUCAAGUAAGUGGAGUUCGGAAGGCGAAGGCACAUUGUAUGUUGAGGCUUUUGAUAAGUGCAAAGCAACUACCGGUGGUCCUUUCCAUGAUGGAUACUUCUACCGGAGGCAAAAUAUUUAGACCAUCCAGCUAUCCAGCAGAACGGAGGCACCAGACUUGUGGUACCUACGAGUUUACGCUAUCUGGCUCUAACACUACAGACUCCUGGAUCUCCUCUUUUGCUACAGGGUCUUAUCAUCUGUGUUAUUGCCUAUCUUUGGUUAUGCUAUUUAUUAUGGUUUUCAGAUCUAUGGGUCACUUCUCUGUUUUUCCAAAGGACUUGCUAACUUCUUGUACUGCGUCCUCACUGUUGUAUUAUGAUACUUGGAAUAUUGCUGCACUAUGGGGCCAAUCUGGUUGUCUCAAUAUAUGUGCAGCUCCACCAUAUGUUGCUGUUUAGACCUGUUCCUGCUCAGCAUACUAAGUGAUGUCUAUGUCCAGGUGCUGCUUCUCGGUAGAUCCUUGUGGAUCUUCCUUCUUCAUUGUUUGUCUUCUGGGUAUUCUGUAUCUUUUGCUCCAUUUCAUGGGCAACAUGUACUUUCAUAUCAACAUAAUGGAGCUCUCUUUUGGACCAAUGACAACUGGGUACACUAUGAACUGUUUCGGCCUAUUAGGAGGCUGAUACAUAGGCUAUGUCCAGAUCUUCUGUGGAGAAGGCUGUCAUCAUCUCUCUUAUGGAGGCUGCUGAAGACACUGAUCUAUUUUCAGUGUCUACUCCUAUUGGGCUCUCCGAACUGUUUGUUAAGUAUUGGCCAUGUUCCUUGCUUUUUCUCGUCGGAUGGCUACUAUGUGUUUUAUUUUACUCAGCCGUGUUCUAAAGCGGGGUACCUUGGACUUCAGUUUCAGUUCAGUUAAUGGGCUUAAACUUCGCUUUAUGCCUCUGCCGCUUUUCCCACUUAUGGGUUCCAUUUUGGAUCCAAAGUUUGUUCGACUGUUUCUUUGGUGGUGCCUUUAUUUAACCGUGUCUCUCUGAUGUAUCUGGGCGCUGAUACCAAAGAUCAUAUGCCUGACGUCGCAGCUUUGCCACUGCUUCGGUUAUCUUAUCUUCAUGUUAAUUUACUUAUUUGCACUUCUUUUGCUUUGUCUGCUCUAUCCCUGCUUGUUUCCAACAUCGAAGUAUCAUGUUGUGUUGUUCUCUUUGCUUGUAUUGCUCAGCUUAUCCUAGUCAGCUUCUGGCUUGUGAUGGAAUGCUGUAACUUAUGGUAUUGUUAUCAUACACAAUAAAGCUCUGACUUUUCUACCAAAAA